UUGGAUCAUGGACGUCGACAAUGGCGAAACGUAAAAGUGAUGACUUCCUUACAAAAUGUACUGACGAGGAUACAAAAGUUACCCUGAAAAAUGCUGGUGUGAAGCUGUUGAAGGGAUUCUAUGAACUUUGGAAAAAACAAGAGUUAUGUGAUGUUAUCAUAAAGACAAAUGGAGAGUCCAUACCAGCACACAGAGCCGUUCUUGUCAUCUCAUGUGACUAUUUCCGAGCCAUGUUCUCUAUGGGAUUUGAAGAAUCUCAACAACAAAUAGCUGAGAUCAGUCUGGACGAGGUGACCCCAGAGGCAGUGAGAGCUGUGUUAUGUUACAUCUAUACAGGAAAUCUCACAGUGACGAAGAACACCAUCCAGGACCUGGUUGUGUUAACGGACCUGUUACAGCUGGCUGACCUCAAACUUCAAUGUUGUCAGUUCAUGGCGAGGGAGAUAAGUGCAAGCAACUGUCUGGGUGUUUGGGAAUUUUCUGAGAAGUUUAGCUGUUGUGAACUGGAGACCAACUCUUUAGCAAUGGUGAAACAGAGAUUUCCGGUGAUAUGCCAGAUGGACGAGUUCUUAGCCCUGACCUACAACAGGCUCAUUAAGAUAUUGCAGUUUGAAGAUUUAUAUCUAGGCUGUGAGGGAGAGGGAACAGUACUAAAGUCGGUGUUUAACUGGCUGGAGCACCAUCACCAGGAGAGGGUCGGUCACAUGGCUGACAUCAUCAAGUUCGUGAGAUUGAAGAGCGUGGACAAGGAAAUCAUCGAGCAGCUGAUGAAAUGUUCACUGUGUGAAAAAUAUCCAGAGUUAAGACAGAUCAUAGAGACUCAGCUGGUAGCCGAAGGCCCUGACAACGCGAGGGAGGCUGUGCGGUACAUGUAUGUCAUGGGAGGAUAUACUCAGUCUCGUACAGGACCCCUUUGUCCUCGUACUAAGCGUGUAGAGAGAUUUAACUUGGAUUCACAACACUGGCAGACUGUUGCUGACCUUCCCAUUUUAGCAUCAGGAGUUCAUGCCUUUGAGGUUCACGGUCGACUUAUUUGCACGGCAUUUGAACUGAUCCACUACAGAAGUCAGGAACAGGACAUUGAACGAGAAGUCAGACUAGAAGGCAUUUACGAGUACGAUAUUCUUCAGGACAGAUGGAAGGAUGCCACAGAUUAUUUCAGUCCGGACACCAUCCAAUGUCUCCACAACUGCCUUAUGAACUCAGGGUCUAUUGCAGUUUGCCCCAAAACUAAUAAAGUCUACACUGUGACUGACAGGGAGGUGAACUGUAUAUCUGUUGAGCUGGAUGAUGGGGAUAUAUUCUGUAAAACUGUAGAAAAAUUGCCAAACAUACAGACAUUUGUAGAGGAGAGUCAUUCUUGUCAUGUGGCUGUGGUGUGUGACGAGGUUUUGUACGUGUUUGGUGGAGAAGUGCGGGUGUCACAGUCUGAGGUCUACUCAACAGCAUCAGGAUAUAAGUUUGACCCCAGAUACAACACCUGGCUCCCCAUCCGGGACAUGCUGGAGCCAAGAUCCAAGUGUGAUGUUGUAGAACUUGGUGGCUAUAUUUACCUGGUUGGAGGGUUUAACUUAUGUCGACUGAAGUCUGUUGAGAGGUAUGACCCCAUCACUGACCAGUGGUCAAAAGUAGCCAGCAUGGCGGUCGAGAGGAGCCACCAUAAAGCUGUCGUAUACAAGAACAAAAUAUGUGCAAUAGGCGGGAAGUCUUACUCUGCUAGGAAUGGAGGUGGUGCCCGUCGCACUGUCCAUACCUCUGAGAUUUAUGACCCGGAACUGGACCAGUGGACCAUGCUACCAACCAUGACACAGGCUCGAUGUUUGCAUGGAGCAGUAGUGUUCUGAUGAGGACUUUGGGCCGGGCACGCUGUAUACAUGGACGAGAAGUAUUCUGAUGAGGACUUUGGGCCAGGCACGCUGUAUACAUGGACAAGAAGUAUUCUGAUGAGGACUUUCGGCCAGGCACGCUGUAUACAUGGACGAGAAGUAUUCUGAUGAGGACUUUGGGCCAGGCACGCUGUAUACAUGGACGAGAAGUAUUCUGAUGAGGACUUUCGGACAGGCACGCUGUAUACAUGGACGAGAAGUAUUCUGAUGAGGACUUUGGGCCAGGCACGCUGUAUACAUGAUCCAGACAUAUUCUAAUGAGGACUUAAUGACCUGCAAUGUAACAUGGUCCAGACUCGCUGUAAGCUAGGAGCUGUAGUUCGGACUAUAUUUUUAAUGCCAUUCUUCCCUGGAAAUUUGGAAAGUGUCCAGUAUUGUGCCUUAUCGAAAAAAACACAGGAAAUUAAUUUUAUUGUGAAUAUAAUUAUACAUUAGAAAAACAAACUUUGUAUAGCAGCAUGGCAAGAAAUUGUCUUGUAUCAUACUGUUAGACAAAAUAUUUCAGCAAUAACCUUAAAAAAAUUAUGAGGCUUUUUAUGUAUCUUGCUAAUAACAUUGUGUAGACUUGAUGAUUGCUAUAUAGUGUAUCAUUAUUUUACCCAAGGGAAACAAGACAAAAAUUAGCAGUAGAACUGCACAACUUUAAAUGUCCUGGCAAUGUUUGAACUGAACUAUUACCUCAAGCUCAUAGUUUCAGAUCGCGCAGAUGGCAGGCAGGAUAUGGUUGUAUCCUUGGGCAAAAGACACUGUUCCCUUGUUGCAUAACUCCACCUGUCUGGAGUGGAGUACCAUGUAGUCGGUGUUGGGCAUUACGUUUUCUGUGUCAAAUUAUUCAAGUACCAGUUGGGUCACACCAUAAAUGAGCUGGUGGAAAUACAGACCCAUACCAAGCAAAACACAAACUGAAGUAAAUAUAUAUAUGAACACAUAUAUGAUGUGCUAGAGGGUAUCACAUGUUAAGAUGAUGUACUAUGGCAGGGUGACUCUUACAUAUCCUAACUAAUCCUGGUGAUUAGGUUGAAUUUGUAUGUAUCUCAUCCCUUGAAUGUUGAUUGCCAUAGAGAAGUUGCUUUGAGAUCAGAUAAGGGCACUGUACAAUAUUGUAUAAAAUCAUAGGACUGAAUAAAACAGCCAGUGGAGAACAGGGUGCUACCUGUGAUGAGCUAGGCCAGAUUUAUACAUAGAGUAGUGUAUAGAUAAUGGGACUCUUGUGAUGAGCUAGGCCAGGUUUAUACAUAGAGUAGUGUAUAUAUAAUGGGUCUCUUGAGUUCUGUAAUGGUGUCAAUAAUACUUAACUUGUCUUUCAUGGGACCAAGCAAAUACAAUUUUAAUAUAUUAUUGAUCGGUUGCAAUAUGUAGUAGAGCCUUGUUAGUCUGUGCUCAGGAUCUGGAUAUUUAAAGGAUAAAAAAUAACAUUUACUAUGAUUUCACAUAUAUACUCCUGGAAAAAAAUAAUUGUGUAGGAAGAUUUUGCAGAAUUAGGCUUCAUCGUCAUAUUGCAUCAAUUCUCAAAUAUUUCUUUCCCAAAUUUCCAUAUUAAAUAAGAUUUCAAAUUCCAUUGGAGCCAUCAAUGAAGGUAAAGUAUGUACAUAAAAUACCACUCUUUUAGAAGUUUGCAGAUGAAAGCUUAAACUUAUUCACUACCUCCAGGUCCAGACCAACAAAGUUUUACUUCAUAUUUUAAUAUUGAAUUUUAUCUCAAAGAAUUAAUAGACGAUUUCAAUACUGAGAAAUUCAGUUUUUUUUUUUUUUACUUUUCCCGUCAUUGUCAAAAUGGAGCUCUCCAGGGAACAAUUGAAAUGUUGAUAUGUUGUAGACGAGAUUCAUGCUCAUCGUUAUAUGUUUAUAUUUGUUGUCAUUUUACACUUACAUAGGCCACGCGAUUAUGAUUAAAUACUUCAGGAAGGUUGCAUUUUUUUUAUCAUGCUUUAGGUAUUAUUACACGAGAACUAAAUGAGAGCCUGGUAUAAUACCCUUUUAUAUUUACACUAGUUUUGAUCAUUGCGUUAGAUGUAAUAGUUACUAGCAAUCAGUGGCGUACAGUAAGUAUGACAAAUAUUUCAUAAAAUAAAUCAUUCCAUUUGAAAUAUUUUGUGCCAUAAAAUGAUUUUACACUGAAUGUAUGUUUUAUAGAUCAACGUUUAUAAUUUAGUGAUUAUAAAACUAAGGUGAAUUAGACAUUUCAAAAUUGUGUUUCAAAAAUGCAUUAGAUGGGUUGUAAGUAUGACAGUUUGUUACGCUACUGCUGCAUUGGUAGCAAUGGGCGUAUAUAUUGUUCUGUGUCUGGGUUCAAGUUUUAUUUAGCCCUGUAAUAGACUUGUAUAGUUCAUAAAGCAGCUGACCCAAAGAUUUUUAAUGAUUUUGACAAUGGUAUAAUAACGAGUCAACAAAUUAUUUUAGGGCAUGUUUCUUUGUGAAAGAAUUGAAGCACUAGGCUAUACUCAUGUUUGCCAAAUAUCUUAUAGAUGUAUGUUUGCCAAAAUCUUUGUAACAUAUAUUAUGUUUGCGGAAAGUUUAUUUCAUAUUUUAAGUAGUAGUCCUCUUGAAUGCAAUCAUUAUUUUAGAUAAAAAUGACAGGGUAGCACAUACCUAGCCCAGUAACUGAACCUCGCCUGUAUACUCCCCAACAGAGAUUGGUAUUCAUUAAUGGUGAUCAACACAUGUGAGUUUGAAAGCAAUCAGACCUUAAAUAGGUUUAAUUGUCACUGGGCUAGGAAUUUGUAGUUGGAAAAACAGACAGACACAUUGGUAUAGGAAUUUGUAGUUGGACAGAAAGACAGACAGACAUAUUGGUAAAGGAAUUUGUAGUUGGACAGACAGACAGACACAUUGGUAAAGGAAUUUGAAGUUGGACAGACAGACAGACACAUUGGUAUAGGAAUUUGUAGUUGGACAGACAGACAUAUUGGAAAAGGAAUUUGAAGUUGGACAGACAGACAGAUAUAUUUGGAUAGGGUUGUUGGAAAAACAGACACAUUGGAAAAGGAAUUUGAAGUUGGACAGACAGACAGACAUAUUGGAAAAGGAAUUUGAAGUUGGACAGACAGACAGACAUAUUGGAAAAGGAAUGUGUAGUUGAACAGACAGACAGACGCAUUGGGAUAGGAAUUUGUAGUUGGACAGAGACAUAUUUGGAUAGGAAUUUGUUGUUGGAAAGACAGACACAUUGGAAAAGGAAUUUGAAGUUGGACAGACAGACAGACAUAGUGAGAUAGUAAUUUGUAGUUGGAUAGACAGAAAGACACAUUGGGAAAGGAAUUUGUAGUUGGACAGACAGACACGUGGGGAAAGGAAUUUGUAGAUGAACACUGGACAAAGUGAUCUGUAAGGCACACAAAGGUUCAUCUAUUGAUUUGGGGGUUUAAAAAGGGAGUUUUUUUCAGAUAAAUGGUUUAAUAUAUUUAUUAAAUAGUUUAGAUAAUGGGUUUGGACACAAGAUGGUUAAGAUAUAUAAAUAGUUAAGCUUGAAAGUAAGCGAUAUAUAGGAAUGGUAGUACAUGCUUACAAAUGUAUAUUUAUUCAAACUCGAGAUAGUCAUAAUAUAUUUGGAUACUAACAUUUUCUUUGUAUACACUGUAUCAAUACGAACAUGUUUUUUCAGGGAACAUACCUUUGAGUUGUGAAAUCUUGUCUUCAUUGUGAUCUAUUUCAAAUCGGAUAAACCCAAACUUUAAGGUACAUGGGGAUUUCCCAAAAGUUGUAACUGGUCUUUUAUUUAUGUAGUGAAGACCUGAAGAAUACUAAUGAUCAAUGUUAUUCGGUAUGACAUUAUAUUCUAGACGCUGUUGAUUGAUGGACCUCUCAUAUAGAGAUCUCUUGUGAAUAUAUUGCAUCUUUUGUGAGCUUCGUUUGGUAUUAAUAUUUCAAAAUGUAUUCUUCCAUUGAGGGUAUAGUCUCACAUCAACUAAAAGCCAUUUCAGCAAUCAGUCAUUACUUCUAAAACCAACUUGAAAAUGAUUAUUGUCAAAAUCUGUAUAAUACUGGAAGAGAUCUCGAUUCCAAGUAUAGUUCCAGGGGAAUUCUACCACUGUGGAUAGAGAAUCAAGCACAAAGGCCUAAGUGUACUAAAAACAUACCAAGUUAUUUACAUAUAUCUGUAUAUACUUAUCAGUAUAUCAUAUAUAUAUAAUAUUUGGCUGGGGUAAAUAAAAUAUUUAGGAAAAAAAAACCCAAAAAAAACAUAGUGAG